AUGCGCGUCGCUCGAAUCAUUCUCUUGCUGACCAACUCAAGCGUUGCUCUCGCAUUGGUUCGCCAGGUGGCUAUCAUCGACGCAGCAGUGAGUGGUGCAAGUGCCUCUAGCUCCACACAGACCAGCACUGAUGACGAGCUUCAUUUGCGCGCCCCCACGGAAACCUGCACAUAGCCGUCAACUCCCCUCCUCAUUCGGCGUGCCGACGAUUCCCAAGGCUCUGCGCACUUUGCGGAUGAUGAGGGAGCAGGCAACAAUUCUCGCUCCUCUUCCACUGGCCAUGCGCAGCUUUCCGGCAGCGGUGCUUCGAACUCUGUGCCACCCGACGUCCCUCGGCAGUCUGCUGGUUCGGCGCCGCACGGACUCACGACAGCAGCCGCUCAUGAAGCAGCAAAGGCUGCUGCGAAACCCCGUGGGAGACCGCGCACUCGCGAACCGCAAUACUACGUAGGGCCCACAGAAGCUUUUGAGAUCCAUUACGGUACCUCGGCUUUGCGGACUUUAGGGUCCAUCGCAAGCCAAGAGCAGCAGUCCUUGGUGCUCGAGACCAUCAACGACGCUAUGCGCCACUGGCAAAAAUCCUUCCGUCACGUCCAAUCUUACUUUGUAGAUCAGCUCGCUCCUAUCAGCAACACACCCGACGUAUGGGAAGUCGGAGGCGAGGCCAAAAGUUUUCGAGGAUAUUGUCUCAAGAGUCUGAAAAAAAUCUUCAUCGAACCCAAAUUCGCUGAACACGGUCUUGCACACCUCCUCUUCCCGCCCCCGCGUCGAAUCAGUCAAGAUCGAGCGAUUCGAGUCGGUCCGUCUCGAGGAUCCGCAGCAGAAGAAGAGCCGAAAAAGGUCAUGGGCAUAGGUUAUGGCAAGCGUGUGACAGCGAUCAUCAACAGCCUGCCUCCAUCCUUGACGAUCUAUCCGAUCGAGGACAUGAACAGCGCUUUGCGCGAGUGGGGCAAGCAACACCCACAGGUGCAUCAUUUCCAGAUCGAGAGCAUGGAGAAGAUGGAGGAUGACGGGGGCGCGUGGCUCAUCAAAGGUCGUGCCUUCAACGACAAGAUGA